GACCUGGACCGACAUGCUGAGGCUGCUGCUCCUGCUGCUGUCCACAUGGAUGGGCUCUGCCACGGUCAGGGUUCCUCUGAGGCGGGUCCCCUCCAUCCGUACUCAGCUGAGAGCCCAGGGCCUGCUGGAGGAAUUCCUGAAGGACCACAGACCUGACAUGUUUAACCGCCGCUACGCUCAGUGCUUCCCACCCGGGACGGCGUCACUCAGACUCGGACGCUCCAGUGAGAAGAUCUACAACUUCAUGGAUGCCCAGUAUUACGGCGAAAUCAGCCUGGGAAAUCCACCUCAGAACUUCUCAGUGAUUUUUGACACCGGGUCAGCUGACCUCUGGGUCCCAUCUUCCUACUGCGUCAGCCAGGCCUGUGCGUUGCAUCGGCGUUUCAAGGCUUUCGAAUCCAGCUCCUUCCGCCAUGACGGAAGAACAUUUGGAAUCCACUAUGGAUCGGGGCACCUGCUGGGAGUGAUGGGCCGGGACACGGUGAAGAUAGGGGAGCUGACCACCUUGAACCAAGAGUUUGGGGAGUCCGUGUACGAACCUGGUGCUACGUUUGUAACGGCAAAAUUUGACGGCGUUCUGGGACUGGCCUACCAGUCGUUGGCAGAGAUCCUCGGAAAUCCUGUCUUUGACAACAUGUUGGCACAGAAGCUAGUGGACGAGCCAGUGUUCUCCUUCUACCUCAGCAGGAGAACAAAGACCAGCGUCCCAGAAGGAGAACUCCUGCUUGGUGGAAUAGAUGAAAGUCUGUACACUGGACCAGUCCACUGGCUGCCUGUGAGCGCCAAAGGAUACUGGCAGAUUAAGAUGGAAAGUGUGGCAGUGCAAGGCGUGAGCUCCUUCUGUCCUCGUGGAUGCCAGGCCAUUGUUGAUACUGGAACCUCCCUCAUCGGUGGACCAACCAAUGACAUCCUGACUCUGCAGCAGCUGAUCGGAGCCACGCCCACAAAUAUUGGAGAGUUUCUCAUUGACUGCGGCAGAUUGUCCAGUUUGCCUCACGUCACAUUUCUGUUGGGAGGGAAGGAGUACACCCUGACAUCAGAGCAGUAUGUCAGAAAGGAGACGUUUGGAAACAGGGAUCUGUGUUUCAGCGGCUUCCAGGCCAUUGAUAUUGUCUCCCCUGAAGGUCCACUCUGGAUCCUAGGAGAUGUUUUUCUGACGGAGUACUACAGCAUCUUUGACAGAGGACAUGACCGUGUUGGCUUUGCUCAGGCUAAACACCCCGUUGAAUGAUGAGUACCUUUCUCAUGCAAUAAAUUUCAUUUGCCGAGGUCCUUCUACCAGCCAGAGGAGCCUUCAUUUAUAACAAACGACUAAUACUCAAAAGCUAUUUUUGGAUGUG